AUGGCACAUGGACUCUUCAACCUUUGCCAUUCAACAAGAAACCCAUUGGUUGUUGAGGGUUUGGACUACGGGGAAACUUUUGCCCUUGUCGCACAGCUUGUCACAGUUCGCCUCAUUCUUGCCGUUGCUUCCACUCGGCAUUGGCAUCUUUAUCAGCGUGAUGUUAACAAUGCUUUCCUCAAUGGUGAUCUUGAUGAAGAUGUUUAUAUGAAUCUACCUCCUGGAUUUGGACGAAAAUGGGAGACUCGUGUAUGGAAGCUUCAUAAAUCGUUGUAUGAACUUAAGCAAGCUCCACAUCAAUGGUUUAUUAAACUUUCCAUAGCCCUUAAGCAAGCGGGCUAUCAUCAAUCGAAGGCAGAUUAUUCAUUGUUCGUUCAAACUCGAGGUAGCACAUUCACUGCAUUACUCAUCUUUGUGGAUGAUAUCAUUUACAAGACAUUGAAGCAACCAAAGAUUGCUCGUUCUAGCAAAGGCAUAGUCCUUUCACAAUGCAAGUAUGCACUUGAAAUACUAGAGGAUGCAGGACAACUUGGUGCAAAACCAGCCGAUUCACCCAUGGAGCAGAAUUUAUCCCUUAGCAAACAUGAGGGUGAUUACAUUGAUGAUCCAUCUUCGUAUCGAAGGCUUGUAAGGAAGCUGAUCUAUUUGACAAUUACGCGGCCUGACUUGGUGUGCGCCGUUCACACUAUGAGUCAGUUCAUGUAUAAACCACAAACACCAUACCUAGAGGUAGUUCAUCGGGUUUUGCGCUAUGUCAAACGUGCACCAGGACAAGUUAUUUUUCUUUCUACCAACAGUCCAAUUCAAUUAAAUGCCUUUUGUGAUGUGGAUUGUGCUCGAUGUCGUGAUACUCGACGUUCUACUACCAGGUGUUGUGUGUUUCUUGUCGAUUCUUUGGUUUCUUGGAAGACCAAGAAGCAAACCACAGUAUUUCAAUCUAGUGCCGAAGCUAAAUAUCGUUCCAUGGUUGCCGCUUGUUGUGAAAUUACUUGGUUACAAUAUAUUUUGCAAGAUUUAGGCAUCAAGCAUUCACAUGCAGUCAAGUUAUACUGUGACAAACAAGUAGCGCUCCACAUUGCUUCGAAUCCAGUAUUUCAUGAACGGACUAAACACAUUGAGAUUGAUUGCCAUUUAGUGAGAGAAAAGGUUCAAAGUGGAACGAUCAAAACGGCUCAUAUUUCCACCUUACAACAACCAACAAACAUAUUCACAAAGGCCAUGAGUCUUCCACAAUUUGCAAUUUUACUUGGCAAGUUGGGAAUUAUCAUCAUACAUUCCAACUUGAAGGGGAGUGUUGAGGAGCGUAAAAUCCCAACUAAAUCAACGUGA